AUGUCGAUAAGUACACAAGAGUACGACAAUGACACUAACAUAGUCACUCAGUCCACCGAAUUAACCGUACCGGCGGCGGUGGAUAAAACAUACACCGUCGAUAUCGAGAAUAACACACGGGAACAGUCGGAAGAAAGAAGAAAACGCCAAAGAAAGAAAUCCCCGACGACGAGUGAGUACUCUGAUACUCAAGAAAGUAACCUAAGCUCCGACAGUGAUGUAACUAAAUCCACGAUCAGUGAAAAAUCAACUCCGAUGAAGAAAAAGAGAGGAAGAAAACCUCUGUCACAAACCAAACCUGACAAAGCAAAACCAAACAAAUCCACAAAAUCGAUUCCGGGUAAAACACUCAGUAAAUCUAAAUCCACCGCGAGUAAACACAAUGACAGAUAUAAAAGCGACGAAAUCACAUCCGACGUGUCUGGCAAACCCAGUCCAAACAAGCGCAUCAAAUUUAAAACCAUACCAAAUUUCCUCGAGAGCAAUAACGAAACCGAUAGCGACAGCGAUUCUAGCGAUAAAGACAAUACUAUCUUCGACACGCCCAACAAGCCGUAUAUCUUUAAUCCAGAGAACCCCAUCAAAUUUAAUGCCACACGGGAUAAUAUAACAACGAGACGCGAUAACAUAGUAGUAUUCAUCACGAAAAUAAAACCCUGCGAUAAGGGAGCCCACGCUUUAGCUGAGGCAGGAAUUGGAAGGUCCAACCACCGAAACGUGACAUUUAAAAUUUUUGGAAGCAGCGGUAGGAUGACCAAGAAGCUGAUUAAAAGAUAUCGUUAG